AAAUUCAAAUGAAAGGACGCGACUUUUCAUAGUUGAGCGGGAGGGAGCAUUUUGAAAAGCACAUUGGCGCUCUCUUUUUUGUUGGCCGCGUCAACACAUGACUAAAAUUUAGGUAUAUAUAGCCGCACCCAGAUACCUCUCUCCCCAAGAUUUACAAAAGGGUCACUAAAUAUAUACGCUUUUUCUUCGAAUUAUAAUCUCAUUUUUGGUUCUUGAUCUUUUGAAUUCUGGCCGUUUUGUUUGAUUUGGAGGAUGGGUUCUUCAUCAAUUCUCGAUUCUCCAGCUGCUGAUGCAGAGAAGAGAAAUAUACCAGGAGUUGAAGAGAAGAGAAAUAAACGAAAGGCUGCAGUUUGUGAUUCUGAGAAAGGAUCUGCAAGUGGCAAAAAGAAACUGAAAGCACACAACUUGCAAAGUAGGGAGGUUUCUGCCGGCUCUCCUAAAAUCCUAAAGCUAGCUGCUGCUUGUGCUGAUGACAAAGAGAAGGCUGACAAAGUAUCCAAAGAAAUACCAAGCACUAAAACAAGAAAAGAUCAGGGUGUAGAUGAAGUCGUCGCUGUGCAAAAAGCACAUGCCUCACAGAGUAGGGAGGUUUCUGCUGGUUCCCGAAAAAUGCCAAAGCGGGCUGCUGCUUGUGCUGAUGAUAAAGAGAAAGCUGUCAAAAUAUCCAAAAAGGUAUCAAGCAGUAAAACAAAAAAGGGUCAGUGCGUAGAUGAAGUAGCUGCUGAGCAGAAAGCACAAGUCUCAAAGAGUAGCGAGGUUUCUGCUGGUUCUCGGAAUAUGCCAAAGCAAGCUGCUGGUUGUGCUAAUGACAAAGUGAAAGCUGUGAAAAUAUCCAGAAAAAGCACUAAAGCAAAAAAGGAUCAGGGUUUGGAUGAAGAGGAAGUGGCUGUGAAAGAGGCACAUGUCUCUCAGAGCAGUGAAGUUUCUGCUGGUUCCCGAGAAAUGCCAAAGCGAGCUGCUGAUAAAGAGAAAGCUGUGAAAAUAUCCAAAAAGGUAUCAAGCGUUAAAGCAAAAAAGGAUCAGGGUUUAGACGAAGAGGAAGUGGCUGUACAAGAAGCACAUGUCUCAAAGAGUAGUGAGGUAUCUGCUGGUUCCCGGAAAAUGCCAAAGCGAGCUGCUGCAUGUGCAGAUUUCAAAGAGAAAGUUGUUCAAAUAUCCAAAAAAGCAUCAAUUAUUGAAACGAAAAAAGACCGGUGUGUAGAUGAGGAGGAAAUGGCUGUGCGGCUAACAGCUGGACAAGAAGAUGGCCGGCCAUGUAGGAGACUCACUGAUUUCAUUUUACACAAUUCUGAUGGGGUACAACAGCCCUUUGAAAUGUUGGAAGUUGAUGAUUUGUUUAUCUCUGGCCUGAUUUUGCCUCUUGAAGAAAGUUCCCAAAAAGAGGAUUGUAGCAUCAGAUGUGAAGGCUUUGGACGAAUUGAAGACUGGGCCAUUUCUGGCUACGAAGACGGGGUUCCAAUAAUAUGGGUUUCAACGGAUGUUGCAGAUUACGAUUGUGUCAAACCAUCAGCUGCUUACAAGAAGCACUAUGAACACUUUUUUGCCAAAGCCACUGCUUGUAUUGAAGUCUAUAAGAAAUUGUCAAAAUCUUCUGGAGGAAAUCCUGAUUUGAGCUUUGAUGAGUUGCUUGCUGGGGUUGUUCGUGCAAUGAAUGGUAUGAAGUGCUUCUCUCGUGGGGUAUCCAUUAAAGAUUUCAUCAUCUCUCAGGGUGAGUUUAUCUACAAUCAACUUGUUGGGUUGGAUGAGACAUCUAAGGAUGAUCAGCAAUUUCUCGAGCUACCUGUCCUCAUAGCCCUAAGAGAUGAAAGUAGCAGGCAUGUAAAUGAUUUUCAAGAAAGGAUUGGAUCCACAAAUGGAACACUGAAGAUUAGAGACAAUGAGGACCAAAAGAAUUCUGUAACAGAGGAAGGAGAGGAUAAAAAAAUGGCAAGAUUGCUGCAGGAAGAAGAGUUUUGGAAGUCAAUGAAGCAGAAGAAAGGUCAGGGUUCAAGGGUGGCUUCUACCAAAUAUUAUAUAAAAAUUAAUGAGGAUGAGAUUGCAAAUGACUAUCCUCUGCCUGCAUAUUACAAGACAGCCAACCAAGAAACAGAUGAAUACAUAAUUUUCGAUGGAGGCCUUGAUGCAUGUUAUACUGAUGAUUUGCCUCGAAGUAUGCUUCAUAACUGGGCAUUAUACAACUCAGAUUCAAGGCUUAUUUCCCUGGAACUUCUUCCAAUGAAACCUUGUGCUGAAAUUGAUGUAACUAUAUUUGGAUCAGGGGUGAUGACUGAGGAUGAUGGAUCUGGGUUUAAUCUUGAAACUGACACUUCUCAUUCUUCCUCUAGUGGAUCAGGAACAGCAAAUGUUGAUGGCAUUCCUAUAUACUUGAGUGCCAUAAAGGAAUGGAUGAUCGAAUUUGGAUCCUCAAUGGUAUUUAUAUCGAUACGCACAGAUAUGGCCUGGUACAGGCUUGGCAAGCCAUCAAAGCAGUAUGCACCGUGGUAUGAACCAGUUCUUAAAACUGCCAGGGUUGCAAUAUCCAUUAUCACAUUAUUAAUGGAGCAGGCCCGAGUUUCUCGUCUUUCAUUUAUGGAUGUUAUCAAAAGAGUUUCAGAGUUUGAGAAGGGUCAUCCUGCUUUCAUUUCAACUAUUCCAGCAGUUGUUGAAAGAUAUAUUGUUGUGCAUGGACAAAUUAUCCUGCAGCAGUUCUUAGAAUUUCCUGAUGAGAAGAUUAAAAAGUCUGCAUUUGUGGCCGGCCUCACAAAAAAAAUGGAAGAAAGGCAUCACACCAAGUGGCUUGUGAAGAAGAAAAAGAUUUUGCAGAGGGAUGAACCAAAUUUAAAUCCUAGAGCAGCAAUAGCCCCUGUGGUAUCUAAGAGGAAGGCUAUGCAGGCAACAACAACAAGGCUAAUUAACAGGAUCUGGGGUGAGUUUUAUUCAAACUACUCUCCGGAAGAUAUGAAAGAGGGAAUAAGUAGUGAUGAAAAGGAGGAAGAAGAAGCUGAAGAGCAAGAGGAAAUUGAUGAUGACGAGGAAGAUGAGGAGAAGGAAACUUUAGUGGCUUUAGAAAAAACACCCACACCCACCUCAACACCAAGAAAAUCGAAAUCAAACUCUAAACUGAAGGACGUAAGUUGGAAUGGGAAGCCUGCGGGUAAAAGAUCAUCUGGUGAGAUGCUGUAUAAACAGGCAACACUACAUGGAAAAAUGAUUGCUGUUGGGGGAGCUGUUUUGACAGAUGAUGCAUCUGCUGAACUUCCAGCCAUCUAUUAUGUGGAGUACAUGUUUGAAAGUUCAGAUGGAACGGAAAUGAUUCAUGGAAGAUUGUUGCGACAAGGAUCUGAAACGGUUCUUGGAAAUACGGCUAAUGAACGGGAGUUAUUUCUUACAAAUGAAUGCAUGGAAUUUGAACUGAUGGAUGUUAAGAUGCCUGUUAUUGUGGAAAUUCGGUCAAGGCCUUGGGGACACCAGCACAGAAAAAUAAAUGCAAACGCUGACAAGAUUGAUAAGGCCAGAGCUGUAGAAAGGAAAAAUAAGGGAUUGGAAACUGAAUACUACUGCAAAAGUUUGUAUUGGCCAGAGAGAGGUGCUUUUUUCAGUCUUCCAGUUAAUUGCAUGGGUUUGGGUUCUGGUAUCUGUAGUUCUUGCAGUGCAAAUAAGGACCACACUGAAAAAGAAAAAUUUUCUGUGAGCUCAUGCAAGACAAGUUUUGUGUACAAGGGAACUGAUUAUUCCAUUCAUGAUUUUCUCUAUGUAAGUCCUGAUCAGUUUGCUACAGAAAGAGUUGGGCAGGAAACCUUCAAAGGUGGAAGAAAUGUGGGAUUAAAAGCUUUUGCUAUAUGUCAAUUGCUUGAAGUUGUGGUCCCUAAAAAAGCCCAACAAGCUGAUGACAGUUCUACUGAGGUCAAGGUAAGGAGAUUUUACCGACCUGAAGACAUUUCAGAUGAGAAGGCGUAUUGCUCAGACAUUCGAGAGGUUUAUUAUAGUGAAGAAACACACACCCUUCUUGUCGAGGCAAUUGAAGGGAGAUGCGAAGUGAGAAAGAAAAGUGAUCUUCCGUCAUUUGAUGCUCCCACUAUAUAUGAACAUGUGUUCUUUUGUGAAUAUCUCUAUGAUCCUCAUAAAGGUUCUCUAAAGCAGUUGCCAUCGAACAUCAAGUUGAGGUAUUCAACUGUUAAGGGUGCAUAUGAUUCUUCCUUAAGAAAGAACAAGGGAAAAUGUAAGGAAGGGGAGGAUGAUUUAGAAGCUGAGAAAUCAAAAGAGAACUGUUUGGCUACAUUAGAUAUCUUUGCUGGUUGUGGAGGCCUGUCAGAAGGGUUGCAGCAGUCUGGUGUCUGUAGAACAAAGUGGGCAAUUGAAUAUGAAGAGCCUGCGGGUGAUGCGUUCAAACUCAAUCAUCCAGACACCACAAUGUUCAUCAAUAAUUGCAAUGUGAUUUUAAAGGCCAUCAUGGAUAAGAGUGGAGAUGCAGAUGAUUGCAUUUCAACACCAGAGGCAGCAGAUUUAGCUGCUAAAUUAAGUGAGGAGGAACUAAAGAAUUUGCCACUGCCAGGACAGGUUGAUUUUAUCAAUGGAGGCCCCCCUUGUCAGGGAUUCUCUGGAAUGAAUAGAUUUAACCAGAGCUCUUGGAGUAAAGUACAAUGCGAGAUGAUUUUAGCAUUCUUAUCCUUUGCGGAUUAUUAUCGACCAAAGUAUUUUCUUCUUGAGAAUGUGAGGAAUUUUGUGUCCUUCAACAAGGGACAAACAUUCCGUCUAGCUAUUGCUUCCCUUCUUGAGAUGGGUUACCAGGUUCGGUUUGGUAUACUUGAAGCUGGAGCAUUUGGAGUUCCUCAAUCGAGGAAGCGUGCAUUUAUUUGGGCAGCAUCUCCUGAAGAAACUCUCCCCGAGUGGCCAGAACCGAUGCAUGUCUUCGCUGCACCAGAGCUAAAAGUUGCAUUACCCGGAAACAAGCAUUAUGCUGCUGUCCGGAGUACACAAGCUGGAGCACCGUUUAGAGCUAUCACUGUUAGGGAUACGAUAGGAGAUCUUCCGAUGGUUACCAAUGGGGCGUCCAAGACAACUUUAGAGUAUCAGUGUGAUCCCAUCUCAUGGUUUCAAAAGAACAUCCGGGCAAAUAUGAUGGUCUUGACAGAUCACAUAUCGAAAGAAAUGAAUGAGCUCAAUCUCAUUCGCUGUCAGAGAAUUCCAAAGCGACGAGGUGCAGAUUGGCAUGACCUUCCCGAGGAAAAGGUCAAACUGUCAACUGGACAAUUAGUAGACUUGAUACCAUGGUGCCUUCCAAAUACUGCCAAGAGGCAUAACCAAUGGAAAGGGCUGUUUGGAAGGUUAGAUUGGGAAGGAAACUUUCCCACUUCUAUCACUGAUCCUCAACCAAUGGGAAAAGUUGGGAUGUGCUUUCAUCCUGAUCAAGACAGGAUUUUAACAGUUCGAGAGUGUGCACGCUCCCAAGGGUUUCCAGAUAGCUAUCAGUUUUAUGGUAACAUUCUACACAAGCACCGACAAAUAGGAAAUGCGGUUCCUCCUCCUUUAGCAUAUGCACUUGGAAGGAAACUCAAAGAAGCAUUGGAGGGCAAGGGCUCAAUGUAAUUUCGCAUUCAACUUCUUGCCAGUUUUUGAUUCAACUGAUGCAGCCUGCAGAUGAAUCUGUAUAUCAAAAGUUUAGUCUUCAUUUUUGUCCCUUUUUGCUUGCAAGAAAAGCAACUAGAAACUGUAUAGGUCUAUUCUAAGCAGCAAUUGGUUUUUUUUAUAUGAGAAAAUAAUUGUGGAACUUAUACACCAGUGUUACAAUAAUAUACUCAUAAUUGUUUUGAAG